UUAUGUAAUUAUUUGAUUUUAUUUUAAAUAAUAACUUGUUCAACUUCUGGACUUUAACCGGGUUAUGUUUUUGAAAUAAAAGUGAACUGAAGUGUCCAAUUGGCUCUACACACCAUGCUCUAAAAGAAGAAAUCGAUUAGGUAGUGUGUAGGUAGUUUUUUUCUAAAAUGGUUGCGAGCAAAACUAUUAAAUAUUAAAUGUUAGGUUAUGAUUUAAUUUUUUCAAGUUGUAUGAUGUUGACUUUUUGGAGACUUCAAAUUAUAUAAAAAACCUGAUAAUGGCCCAUCGGCUUUUAAGUAGUUGCAGACGAUUGGAAAAUUUAGUUUGGAAAACAUUUAAACAUAAUAAUGUCAGCGUUUCACAGAAUAAAUUUUCUUUAAAAGAAGCAGUAUUAACAGAAUGGCGGUUGUUUUGCGAGAAGCCUCCAAAAGGGUUCGAAAAAUAUUUUAAACAGGGUGGUGCCAAAGUUCCAAAAGAACCUGUAAAAGAUGGAAAGAUUUCUAAAGAAGCCAAAGAAGGCAAAGAAAAAGAAACCCAAUCUGAACCAAUCAAAGAAGCUCCAAAAAGAGUACCUCCCAGUACUAGUUCUGGCUCUGGAAUUGGGGGUUCAAAACCCUAUGAACAGUGGUCAUUUGGGUUAUUUGGUGGAACAGGAAGAGGUGGAAGUGGUGGGAAACCAUUUGGCGAUCAAGAGAAGGAUAAAUGGUAUGUGUUAGGAGCAGCUGCAGCUGUGGCCUUCAUUGCUACAGUUACUAUGUGGGAAAUGGGUUACAAGGAAAUCAGCUGGAAGGAAUUUGUACACAAUUAUUUACAAAGAGGUGUUGUAGAUAGAUUAGAAGUAGUUAACAAAAAAUGGGUAAGAGUUAAACUUCUACCAGGAAACACUGUAGAGGGAGCUAACAUCAUCUGGUUCAAUAUUGGUAGUGUAGAUUCUUUUGAAAGGAACCUUGAAAAUUCACAAAUGGAUAUGAACACGGAACCUGCAAAUUUUAUUCCAGUGAUUUACAAGACUGAAAUUGAAGCGGCCAGUUUGUCUGGCAUGCUACCUACUAUUCUUGUGAUUGGUUUUCUCAUAUACAUGAUGAGGAGGUCUGCAGAAAUGAUGGGAGGCAAAAGGGGUAAGAGAGGAGGUGGAUUGUUUGGAGGUGUCAUGGAAAGCACGGCCAAACUGAUUAAUUCUAGUGAUAUUGGAGUAAAGUUUAGAGAUGUAGCAGGUUGUGAAGAAGCAAAAAUAGAAAUUAUGGAGUUUGUAAAUUUUUUGAAAAAUCCACAACAGUACAUUGAUCUUGGUGCUAAGAUUCCAAAGGGCGCAAUGUUGACAGGCCCCCCCGGAACAGGAAAAACUCUUUUAGCCAAAGCAACUGCCGGAGAAGCCAAUGUACCAUUCAUUACUGUAUCAGGAUCUGAAUUUCUUGAAAUGUUCGUAGGUGUAGGUCCGUCUAGAGUUAGAGAUCUCUUUUCCAUGGCAAGAAAACACGCUCCAUGUAUACUUUUCAUAGAUGAAAUCGACGCCGUAGGAAGAAAGAGAGGAGGAAGAAGUUUUGGUGGACAUUCAGAGCAAGAAAACACCUUAAACCAGCUUCUAGUAGAAAUGGAUGGGUUCAAUACUACUACAAACGUUGUAGUUCUUGCUGCAACUAACAGAGUUGAUAUUUUAGACAAAGCUUUACUUAGACCAGGUAGAUUUGAUAGACAGAUUUUUGUACCGGCACCAGAUAUCAAGGGCAGAGCCAACAUAUUUAAAGUCCAUUUAGGUCCACUUAAAACUAAUUUAGAAAAGAAUGACUUAGCUAGAAAGAUGGCAGCACUAACACCUGGUUUCACAGGAGCUGACAUAGCUAAUGUCUGUAAUGAAGCAGCCUUAAUAGCAGCUCGAGAUUUAAAUGACUCGAUUAAUUUAAAACAUUUUGAGCAAGCGAUCGAACGAGUAGUAGCCGGCAUGGAAAAGAAAACCAAUGUUCUAUCUCCAGAAGAGAAAAAGACCGUAGCAUAUCACGAAGCUGGACAUGCUGUUGCGGGCUGGUUCCUACAACAUGCUGACCCUCUCCUAAAAGUCUCCAUCAUACCUCGGGGUAAAGGUCUAGGUUAUGCCCAAUAUUUGCCAAAAGAUCAGUAUUUGUACAGUAAGGAACAGCUUUUUGACAGGAUGUGCAUGACACUAGGUGGACGGGUAUCUGAGGAAAUAUUUUUCAAAAGAAUAACAACAGGAGCUCAGGACGAUCUUAAGAAAGUCACACAAAGUGCCUAUGCUCAAGUAGUUCAUUACGGUAUGAAUGAAAAGGUAGGAAAUGUCAGUUUUGACAUGCCCAGGGAAGGAGAAAUGAUGUUGGAAAAGCCUUAUUCUGAAAGUACAGCUCAAAUGAUUGAUGUUGAGGUUAGGAAAUUAAUAGAUAGUGCACAUAAGAGAACAACCGAUUUGUUGUUGGAACGAAAAGAACAAGUGGCUAAAGUUGCCGAGAGGUUACUGAAAAAAGAGAUCAUAAGUAGGGAUGAUAUGAUUGAAUUAUUAGGUAAGAGACCAUUCCCCGAAAAAUCUACAUAUGAAGAGUUUGUUGAAGGAACAGGUUCCUUUGAAGAAGACACUACUCUUCCUGAAGGUUUAAAAGAAUGGAAUAAAGAAAAAGUUAAAGAACCAAAUUGUGCAACAGGUCCACAACCACCAGCUUAGGUACUUCACUAGGAGUAAUUAUCAGUAGUCAUAAUGUAAAAUUUGUCCAGAAAUUUUAUGUCAUUUUUAACAAGUAGCUCCAAAAAAAUGAUACAUGGUUGGAUUUUGAUGUAGGUAUGUAUUUAAUUGUGCAAUAUUUUCAAACUGCUAAAAUCAUCUUAAAAGUUGUUUUUUUUAUAUAAUAGUAUUUUACAUUUUUAAUUUCAUAAGGUAAAAGACAAG